CAGCUGGCGACGAUGAGUCGACAUGAGGAGUCCGCCGGGACCUGCCCGGGGCUGUUCGACCAGAUGAUGAACUUCCUCACACUCGACAUUAAUGAGUGGAGCGGUGAGGACAUCAUCGACUGGGCCAAGAGCGUGUGUUCCCGUCACGGCAUCGACCAUCACAGCGUGAACCUCUUCCUCUUUCGGAGCUUCACUGGCACCCAGUUGGCCAGGCUUGGGCACCGGGAGCUGAGUGCCAUCGUCGGCAACGCCUAUGGCUUGGUUUUUUACAGCGAACUCCAAGCGCUGAGAAGCUGGCGUCGAGGGUCAGGCACAACCACCCCAUCAAGCAGCGUCGACGUCGCCCCCUCUACCCCCAGCAGCACCACCAGUGAUGGCGUGGCUCCGACAGACACGGAGGAACUGUUCUCGUGGUUGGACGCCCAACACUCCCCGCUGCCCCAAGGCUCCCCCUGGAACCAGCUGCUGGAACGAGACGACCUGCAAGAUUCCCUCAUGGCGCCUCUGUCACGGGACAUGGGAGCCAUGAAUAUUGUUGGCGGGGCUCAUAGCAGCGAAAUUGGCGAAACUACUGGUCCAUUUGGCGGAGAUGCCGAACCAACUGGCGCAUUUAGAGAAAUGGACAACAGAGACACAUACAGUGAACAUUGUCGCACAUUUGGCGAAGCUGCUGGGGAUUAUGGUUCUGGCGUUGUCGGUGGCGAUUCCUGUGCCGGUACAGUUGGCGAACAUGGCGGAAUAGGCGGCGGACUUGCCGGUGGAGAUCCUGAGGGCGUGGAAGACGGCCGAGAAGAGGACGUAGAGCGGUAUUCGUGGGCGUUGGACUCCCUAACGACGGACUCCAGGGGCAGAAUGAGGGGACCCAUAGUGUGGGAGUUCCUGGUGCGUCUGCUUGAGAACCCAGACUCUAACCCGAGUCUUGUCAUGUGGGAGAACCAGCACCUGGCAACCUUUCGUCUGGUCAAGCCUCAGCUCAUCGCCAGAAUAUGGGGCACUAGGCUAGGAAAUCCUGAUCUGACUUACAACGAUUUUGCCCGAACUCUCAGACACCAUUAUAAGACCAGAAUCAUUCUCUCCAGUCCGGACCGACAGCUGGUUUAUGGUCUAGGACCGAAGGCUCUCCAGUACUUUCAACAACUAAGAAAAAGGCAAUGAUAAAAUCAGGUGAAACACAGAGAAAAAUAAGUACAAAACAACAAAAUUAUUUAUUUUUCAACGUAAAGACUAGUUUUUCUUACCUAACGCAUUGUAUCUUAAAUUGUGGGUGACAUUUUUGACUGUGGGUGACAACUUGUGGCAAUAUACACAGUGUAAUGCA